GCCGUGCGCCGCCGCCUUGGCACAAACAGUACAGACGCCGUCAUCAUGCAGUCGACGGCGGUCUGCACUUGCGUGCAGGAAGACGAGGCGCACCUGAAGAGGUGGCGAGAUGUAUGUCGGCAGUUCUACUUCCACCAGGAUCCGUCGGCCAAGACGCUUCUUGAUGCGUAUGAACAGGCCAAGCAGACCGUCUCGGCCGACGACCUACAGGAUGCCGUCGCGAUCGAGAUUGCAGACAACACAUCCUCGCCGCGUGCGCCGUCAGACGACAUGAUGGCGUCUUCGUCUGUCGUCGACCUCCUCGGCCUCACAAGGUGUCCCGUGCGCGGCCACGGCGCGGCCUUCGAUGCCAACCUACUCCAACUGGAAAUCGUCAAAACGCGCAUUCGCGGCGACUACCAUGCGCAUCUCGCCCAUUCUCGCUACGAGGCAUUCCACUGCCGGCUUAACGCCCUGCAAUCAUGCCAGUAUCAUCUCGAUCCAGACACCCGCGUCCUUGCCGUCCGCCCGCUGCCGACAGGCGGGUACCUCCGUCGGUCAAGUGACUUGGACGUCCAGCGCGGCAAGCUUCUUCGGUUUCUGGGGGAUUGGAUGCCUCACAUGGGCACCCAUCCCUUCCUCCAUGGCCUUCGCCGAAUGCUCGACAGCAACAUGCACAAUUCCACCGUCGUGGGUUGGCAAGUGUCGGACGCAGUGUUUGUCGAAAGCGGCGGCGCCGAGUUUGCCGACGCCGCCGCCUCGCUCCUUGUGGACACGCUCCAAUGCGGUCAUGUGGUGCUUAGUGUGUCGGAGCAACUUUCUGCAGAACUGACCAAUCACAACCAAGCGCUGGAGCGGCUGUGGGUCCUGGACCCGUACAUGUCGAACGCUCAUAUCCGCCGCAUCAUGUGGCUGUUUCCGGCGCCGACGGCGUUGGAAGGCCGCGCGACGGGCACUGAAGUACCCACCGUGUUUGAUCGAUAUAACGCCCAGGGUCAGCACGACGAGCCACCGGCGUGGCGCAAAGUAUGCAUUGUGUUGUAAAUCUGCUAAUCGAGUGAUCAAAACAA